CGCGCGUCUCUCUUCUUAGAGGGAAAAUGAAAUCCCAAAAAAUUUUGAACCCCGCUUUUUUUCCUACACUCGUAUCGAUCUGUUCUCUAACAUCUCAUCUCCUUCGUCUCCGCCCUUCACCCACCUCCACUACCUCCAACCCACACCGACUCUUCAUGUCUGCACAACGUAAGCUAGGGCUUUUUUUGAUCGGAGGUUAUGGUGUGGAGGAAUUUGGGGAAAACAACGGGGAGGAGGAACAAGGUUAGGGUUUUGUUGAAGGCGCAGUUGGAAAAAGCGAUGGAGGUUCUGGUGCGAUUUUCUGGAUUACCGAUGGCGGUGUUGGUGCUAGUGGUGGCUCUGGAAUCGUCGAAUUCGUCCUCUCCGACAUCGUCGUCCUCGUCGUCAUCGUGGAUUCAUUUGCGGUCAGUUCUAUUAGUCGUUGCUUCCUCAUCAUCAUCCUCACCAGUUUCUAGCCGAUCUGUUCUAGGGAAGAACCCCGCUUUUACAAGCCUAAGGUGUGAUUGCACUAAGCUUAUAGCUAUUGGCUUAGAACUAGCUGCUGUUUGGGAAGCUAUCUGUCAAGCACAUGUAUCGGUUGUUUGA